ACACCGAAGCCUCAAGAAGUCAUCAGAGAACCAAAGGAUAGCAAAGCGAUAAGAGGAGGAACAGAGCAGCCGAAGCCAAGGCCGUCGCACCUGCGCGCGAGGCAGCAAGGAGGCCCCCAUCCGCCAUGACGCUCUCGCUCUCCACCUCCUUCCUCCCCACUCCCGCCGCCGCGAGGACCACCGCCCGCGCCCUCCGCUCGGUCGUCCCCUCCCAGGGGAUGCGCUGCUCGAUGCGCAAGAAGGGGCUGCACCCGGAGAUCUACGAGGACGCGAAGGUGUACUGCAACGGCGAGCUGGUGCUGGUGACGGGGGGCACCAAGCCGGAGUACACGGUGGACGUGUGGUCCGGGAACCACCCCUACUACGUCGGCGACACCUCGGCGCUGGUCGUCAUGGACAGCCAGAUCGAGAAGUUCCGCAAGAAGUGGGGGCACGUCAAGGAGUACUGGCCCGAGGACCAGUGGAGGGAGAUGCACCCCGACGGCGACCCGGAGUUCGAGCCCGAGGGAGACAACUGAGCAACGGCUUCCUUCAAUCCUUCCUCUUCAUCUUCCUCCCCUGGUACGCUUGCGUUGAUUCUCCUGUUGCGUUUGCAUUACUCUCGAGGUGUUGGCGUAAUGUUUGUUCGCAAUGGAACUAUGGACAUGAUAGUAUGAUAUGCUAUACCGCUGUGCUUACUCUAUAAGAGUGAUGUUUGGUUUCCCUAUGAAA